CCCCUCUCGAUAUUUAAGACCUGACAAUAUCGCAAAAGGUUUGCGAAGCCUCUUUCACGUUACAUCCCACCGGAGCCCCGCCAAUCGUCCCUCGUGGACCGCUACCGCCACACGUCGCUAAUUCCUUUGCAGCGAGAUUUGACUUGCCGGGCAGUUCACGUGCCAAGGGCUUACUCUGUUGAAAGUGUCAUUAAUCGCCUGGGAAAAUCGGAAACUCAGCGUACUGUUACUCACGAGAGGUUUCUAACAGCUGCCUGAAGGUUUUCAAAUUCUAUUCCCGUCUCUCCUCGCUAUGAUCCGAUAGCUAUCACCAUGGCCCGCAAAGGCGGGAGUUCAGUUCAACGGAUGGCGCCGCCUCCCAUAACGAACGGACACAUGAAUGGCAACCCACCUCCAUCCACCAUUGCCGCCCAGAUUGUCCACAAUGCCUCGAACAUACAUGCCCGGCAGGAUUCAGCAGCUAAAGUUACGUUCGGAGAGCUAGUUAAAGAAUUCUUACAGCAUCCAAGCACUGAUGAACCCGACCCACAGCUUGUUGCACUCAUCUGCGUCAUUGCUGAUGCGGGACUGGAAGGCCUUUUGAAAGACGACCCUUUCGCCCAAGACCAGCAGAGACAGCAGGGUAUCGACGGCAUAGCGGUAAUCAAACUCAUUCUACAGCAGAAGCCUCAUCUGCUGCUAAGUGCUAAAGACGACGACGAUGAAGGAAGUCCACGACCUCCGCUUCUGCUCUGGUUGUAUCCCAAAUUGCUAGGAUUAUUAACUCAAGCAACCCUACAACCAAUUCAUGGGCAGGUUCAAAAUCUUCUCGACCUCUGUCUGAUUGUGUCCACUCGGGCAUCUGCUCUAUGGCGUCAGGCGGCAGCGGUUGUGCAGCUGUACAGAUCAUGCGUCCAGACUAUAUUAUCAAAUUUGGAGUUCGAGGAAGAUCCAUCAUCGACCGUGAAUACAGCUUUCCAUGCUACUCUACCAUCAUCAAGUAGCAUAGGCGAGUUUUGGCCAGAAAGCCACCAGUACGUUGCACUUCCUCACGACUUGCAGAGAACAGUUGCUUCCCAUAUCGGAGCUAUUUAUGUUGGAAACCGCCUUCUCCUCGCACUUCUAGAUGCUGUUCAUCCGCAGACGAGGAAGAGUACAAGCUCUGCCGCCUUUCAGCAUUAUCUGCCGUGGGUCUUGGAUAGUUGCCUUGCACUAUGGCAACACUUCAAACGUUGGACGAUAGGUUCCGACCAACACUUACUCUACAACGAUAUUGUAGCCCUCCAUAUACAGCUACUUGACUUGUUGGUAUUUCCUACGGUAGCGCCAGAGCGCUGCUUCUCUACGACGCCAAAGGCUGCUCAAUUUCUUGCCAGCAGCCUCACUGACCUUCUCGAGCGCUUUCUGGCGCCCCCUUUGCCUGACCUCAUCCAAAUUGAUCUUGCCUCAAUGAUCACUCGCUUACGUGGGAUUCUCAACGUCUCGACAUCGCGCAAAUCAGCUCCUCUACGUCGACAAGAUGUCACUAGAUCUGUCGUUUCAAGAGAUUUGGAGUCAAGUAUAGCUAAGGUGUGCCAGAAUAUCGAAAAGUUCUCCGGUCUACACAAGGACUUACAACUAGCAUUAUGUCUCUGGACAUCACCAGGACCUUGGCCUACGGAAGUCGCAGACUUGCGUCAGGAGAUCUGUAGCGACGAAUCCGAGAGCUUUUCAUCUACUCAACUCGUCGAGCAAUCUAUGUCCGUCAUAAAAACGUUUCGAGAGUUGAAUAUGGGCGACGAAGACAGGCCGUCGAAGCGACGUAAGACAUUGCCAGACUCUCCGGAAGAUGCCUAUGGAUCGACUUAUGAGUACCUUAUGAUGGUUUUGAACGGCAGCACGCAAGCGUCUCCCGUGUUAAAUUUAUCUAAUCUUCAUAACAUCGUUCAGGCUAGAUAUUCCUCGAUGGAGGGCGAUAAUCAGCAAGAUGGAAGUGCCCAAUUUGAACUACUAGCAGCUUUGGCAAAAAUCGCUUGUGCGGGUUCACAUUGCCUGGAGCCCUUAUCUACCAAGUCGCACCAAUGGAGGGCACUUCAUUGCACCAUGUGCGAUAUAUCGGGUGACACUGAACGAAGCGCCACGGCUUAUUGGAAUCAUGAUGAUGGCACCGGAGAGUGGAAAGAUGUCAUCGCCGCCAUGCUUGUGAUCACGAAAGAACCCGUAUUCCAAAGAUCAUCAAAAGCCCGCGUUCUUAUGGCAGUGGCUAUUGGCCGACUUUUCAAUCACAUUUCAGAUCCAGAUUAUCUGAAUCUGGAGGUGUGCGAACUGGGACAGUGGCUACUUGGUUCGAUGAGCAGAUCGUUACGAGAGCUGAAACUGGCGGCCAUGAGCUCGUUGAUGGUAUUUCUGAGGGGUGACAUCUCGAAGAGCACGCGCCAAAAGAACCGAAGGUCCACUAUAGAGUUUCUUGACGCACUCGCGAAGCGGGAUGUCUUGUCUGAUCAAGAAACACUCAUCAUGGCGUAUGGUCAGAUUGCCUAUGUGUGUGGCGAGCUGGAGCUCCCUAUUAUCCUACAUCAUCUUGUCGAAUAUCUUGGCCAUCCCAACGCUCUGGUUUGUGGCAUGGCUUACUGUGAGCUCGAAUCGAUUGCGAAGCGAUUUUCCAUGGAGACGACGCAACUAUUGAGCCCAUAUUGGAAAGUGAUCGGCUUUUCAGUCAUCAAAGAUAUCAUCCACAAGCCACAGAAAGCACAGCAGUUGGCAGAUCUAACUGAGCAAAGCGUCCGUCAGCUGCUAGUACUUACUCAAACAGAUACUCUACCUCACCUCGUCCUAAGUAAAAGAAGAGAUAUCGUCGAAAAGAUUGCCCAGGCUCGAAAGGUGUCAAUUGCCGAGGUUUUGACACAGCCCAGAGCAAACCUUGCGAAGAUCCUCGCUUUGCUUCUAUCGCAGCCAGUUGCAGACGUCGAGAGGAAUGCGAUGGAAAUUUUAGGUGCCAUUGAGCCGGCGAUGCGGGAAGGUAGCAACAACAGGCUCGAAGCCUGGGUGGCAUUGGACAUCACUGGCAUAGCCAUCGAAAUAUUAAUGUUGGCAGCAGAUCAAGAGGGGUCAAGAAAGAAACCGUUCUACAACGGAUUCACGACGCUUGCGACGCUCGCUGACUCGAAAACUGGGCAACGCAAGUCAGCGUCCAAAACUAAGGUCUUGGAUGCGUUUUGUGAGACGCACAUCUUGGGUAUUAUAGCACACUUCUCGGAUAUCAUCGAGAGCUCGCUUGCGCAGAGCAAGACUGUACCGCAGACGGUGCCCGAGCGAAAGAGGUGUAUAGCUGCUAUCGGUGAUCUCGUCAGCCUUGCACGUUAUAGCGUGAAUGGGGCGUUGCCGCAGAUUCGUGCUUGCCUUCAGUCUGCCAUGGCGGACCCUGAUCUUUGCGAUGACACAUUCAUCGUAUGGUCUGCCUUUCUCACAGCUCUCGAUGCGGACGAUGCCAUGCUUGUAGUCGACCAAACCUUUGCCUUGAUCGUUCAGCAUUGGUCGUUAUUUUCGGAAGAAACUCAAAUCAAAGCAAAUAAGACUAUCGUCAACCUCACACAGCAAUACAACUCACAGCUCAUGGCGCGAAUAGAGUACCUUCCUUCUCUAGCAGGUAUACCGAUGAUGGCGAAGACUGAAGCAGAGUUGGUGCGCUUCAAAGACAUGGUGGACACGAUUAAAAAAUUUCAAGCAUUCAGCAACCGAUGCAAAGACCAGAACUCUGUCGUGGUACGUCAAGCACUAAAAGAACUUGUACCAUUCCUCGACGCCAAUCAAAAGGAGUUACAUCAGUCGAUUGUUGGCCAAAAACCCCUCUCGGUGUUGGCAGCUUUGAGUCGUUCCCUUCUCGAUGCUAGUGUUCGAUUUUCGGAAGACCAUACCGACAUCACUGUCCUCUGUGCUCAAUGUCUUGGUAUUAUCGGUGGCUUGGAUCCGUACCGCGUGGAGACAGUGCGUGAGAAGAAACGCGUGCUCAUGUUGUCGAACUUCUCGCGGAGAGACGAAGACAUCGACUUCGUAGCGCUACUUCUCGAGCAGGUACUCGUCAAGGUCUUCCUCUCGACGACAAACGCCAAAGCACAGGGAUGGAUAGCCUACGUUAUGCAGGAGAUGCUCAAGCACUGUGGAUUUAGUGCCCUUCACGUAUCAAAGCCUCGGUCUUCGCAGACUAGCACUGAGGCGCACCGCUGGAACGAGAUACCUGAGGCCGUAAGGAACGUCCUAACACCCUUUUUGAGCUCAAGAUACUCAGUCAACCAAAACCCUGCCUUACAGUAUGAAGGCGCGAAGUACCCAAUCUUCGAUUCGAAAAUUAGCCAUGCAACUUGGCUACAGACUUUUGUUUACGACUUGUUACGGAAAGGGCAAGGCGUCAACGUCGAGAUGGUCUUCCCUGUCUUGGCUCGCAUCAUCAGAGGUUAUGAUCUCUCGAUCGCUACCUUCAUACUUCCUUUCGCGGCAUUGAACGUCGUCGUCUCUGAUGACGAACAGAACAUGUCGAACGUUGGACUGGAAUUACUAAAUGUACUGGAGAGAGAAAUCAGAUCGCCAGAUCAGCCGGAUGCUACGAUCAUCAAACAAUGCAGCGAGAACGUUUUCCAGACGCUUGACUACUUGUCGUUAUGGCUACAAGAGAAAAGAAAGGCUGUCGCAGAGGCAAGAACAAUGGCCGGCAAAACUGGUCGUGGAGUUUCAGAGGACGAAGAGAUGAACGCUAUCAAACAGAUCAGUCGUGUCGAAGGUAUCCUUCAAACCAUCCCCGCUGAGGUUAUAUCUCGACGUUCUGUCGAGUGCGGGUCAUAUGCUCGGGCCCUUUUCCACUGGGAACAAUACUAUCGCCAACAGCAGCAGGUCAAGGCGGAGGCAAAGCAGCUCUUCUCUGAGAAGGACGAACUGCUCCAACACUUGCAGAUGAUUUAUGCACAUAUCGAUGAACCGGAUAGCAUGGAAGGAAUUUCUGCUCAUCUCAAGGUGCUUAAUCCAGAGCAGCAGAUUAUGGAAGACCGUAAAGCUGGGCGAUGGACGGCAGCCCAAAGUUGGUAUGAGAUUGCGCUGGCUGAGAAACCAAACGACGUUGAGACACAGAUCAACCUUUUGACUUGUCUGAAAGAAUCUGGUCAAUAUGACUCCAUUCUUAAUUAUGUAGACGGGUUUCAUGCAAGCAAUUCGAUUUCUAGCAGUACGCUGCCGUUUGCAGCUGAAGCAGCUUGGUCGGCAGGCAAGUGGGAACAGCUCGAGAGACACCUUGGAACUUCCCCCAGUACUAAUACAAACACCUUCAUGGACUUCAAUGUCGGUAUAGGGCGAGCACUGCUUGCACUGCGCCACAAAAAGAGUGCAGAAUUCGCGGAUAUUAUUGCUACACUGCGAGAAACAGUGGCCAAAGGUUUUACUCCAUCAACAACCACUUCUAUACAGGCCUGUCAUGACCACUUGGUCAAGCUCCAUGCCCUAUACGAAAUUGAGGCUGUCAGCGGUAUGACUGCCCACGCUACACCAGAGCGUGAAGUCAUCCUCGAGAAUAUGGAUCGGCGAUUAGACAUCAUUGGAGCGUACACUUCGGAUAAGCAAUACCUCCUGGGAGUGCGCCGCGCGGCCAUGUCGCUAUCUUGUAUCAACUUCACGAAUCUAGACAUUGCAUCAGCAUGGCUGACGACUGGGAGACUGGCUCGCCAAGGAGACUUUAUAACCACUGCUUUCAACUCCGUGCUGCACGCCGAGCGGCUAGGAGACAAUGCAUCGAAGAUCGAGUACUCAAAACUGCUCUGGAAAGAAGGACAUCACCGCAAAGCUAUCCAAAACCUGCGUGGUGCAAUUGAUAGCAACGUGUUCCAUUCAGACGACAACGUACCGAUAAACGUUUCCGUCACAACGACUGGCCGCGGUGACGAACAAAUGAACAAGAUCAAAUGCCACGCCCAGCUACUCCUCGCAAAAUGGUUAGACCGAGCUGGUCAGACGCAAUCGAUCUCUUUGAAAGAGGAAUAUGUCAUUGGCGUUCAGACGUACCCUAGAUGGGACAAGGGUCACUAUUACCUAGGACGAUGGUACCUCAAACUUCUGGAGUCCGAAAAACGACAACCGGUAUCGAAACAAAGCUCGGAGUAUCUGUCAGGAAGCUUGAUCAAGCUUGUGAUCGAAAAUUUCGUCCGCUCCACCGUCUACGGCACAAAGUACUAUUACCAGACCUUGCCCAAGAUCCUUACGCUUUGGCUAGAUAUGGGAAUGGAGGUUAUGAAUACUGUUCCUCGAGCAGCUAAGGACAAAGAAUUUCACGAACAUAGAUUGGCCUACCUGGAUCAUAUCAACGAGUAUCUCAAGCGGUACGCUAGUGAGCGAAUGCCUGCCUUUGCAUGGUAUACCACGUUCCCGCAAAUCAUCACCCGCAUCAGUCAUCCGAACAAGAACGUAUGGGAAGCACUUCAGACAAUCAUCAUUCGAGUCGCUUCGUCAUACCCGCAACAAGCUCUUUGGAGUUUGCUAGCUGUACUUCACUCGACGCAGGAUGAUCGUCGAAACCGCGGGACUGCGGUGCUCCAAAAGUUACGCGAUGCAUCAAAACGCAAGGGAGUUUCUCUUGAUCUGAAGAACCUGAUCAUCCAGGGUCAGCGACUUACUGACGCGCUACUAGCGGCUUGUGAUGCUCCAGUAGAGCAAAGAGUUGCACACGUAAGCUUAUCAAGGGACCUAGGAUUCAGCCACAAGCUUGCUCCUACCCAGUUGGUCGUGCCGAUCGAAGCCAACAUGCUUCCAAAUCUCCCAGCAGGUAAUAACAGUCAAACAAUUCGUCGGCACAAUCCAUUCCCGCAAGACGCCAUCACUAUACAAGCUUUCAAGGACGAUGUACUUGUCUUAUCUUCACUCCAACGUCCGCGAAAGGUGGACGUUCGCGGCUCAGAUGGACGUUCCUACGGUCUGCUAUGCAAGCCGAAAGACGAUCUGCGCAAAGACCAGCGUCUCAUGGAGUUCAACGCUAUGAUCAAUCGCGCUCUUCAGAAGGAUGUCGAGUCCAGCAAGCGCCGUCUAUACAUCAAGACUUACGCUGUGACACCUUUGAACGAAGAAUGCGGAACAAUUGAGUGGGUUGAAGGUCUCAAGCCGAUGCGUGAUAUCAUCAUCCGCUUUUAUCGCCAACAAAACGUGCAGAUCGACUACAGCGAAAUUCGCAUGCUACUUACUGAAGCCUCGUCUUCGCCCUCUAAAUUAUCCAUAUUUACUGAGCGUAUCCUCGGGAAGUUUCAGCCUGUCCUACACGGAUGGUUUGUUGAAACCUUCCCCGAGCCAGAGGCUUGGUUCGCCGCACGGCUACGCUACACACGCUCCUGUGCGGUAAUGAGCAUUAUAGGCCACAUUCUCGGCCUCGGUGAUCGACACGGCGAAAACGUCCUACUAGAACAAGGCGACGGCGGCACCUUCCACGUCGACUUCAACUGUCUCUUCGACAAGGGUCUCACUUUCGAGAAACCAGAACUCGUCCCCUUCCGCCUGACACACAACAUGGUCGAUGCCAUGGGUCCGCAAGGCGUCGAAGGCCCGUUUAGAAAAGCCGCUGAACUUACGUACAAACUCCUCCGCCAGCACGAGGACACUCUUAUCACGAUCCUAGAGACUUUUGUGCAUGAUCCCACGGCGGACUUUUUGGGUGGUCGCAAGAGGAAGAAGAUCCAGGGUGUGCCUGAUACGCCGCAAGAGGUCCUGGAUAUCACGAGGACAAAGGUUGGGGGCUUCUUCAAGGGGGAGAGUGUCCCGCUUAGUGUGGAGGGCUAUGUCGAGGCAUUGAUUGCUAUGGCAUUGGAUCCGUCGAAUCUGGCGGCUAUGUAUAUUGGGUGGUGUGCUUUCUUCUAGUUUCGCGUUGCUUCGAGCUGGUUCAUGGGUGAGUCAAAUAAUCACUACUCUAGCUCAAGACCUCAUUGUCCGGUGCGGGACAAUUGGUAUAUACAAAGAUGGAAAAUUGAGUGUAAGAGGUGUAACAUAUGUUUGCAUGUGUCAAUACGAUCAAGCAUGGUC